GCUCGCACUAUGAAGGCCUCUUCCACCGCAACGUGCUCACUUCGCGCUCCGAGGAGGCGCUCGAGAAGCUUCCCUCGUGCUCAAGCUCGUCGAUGGGUGGCCGGCGACAAGCGGUAAAGGAGGAGGAGGGCGAAAAGGCGGCACGGAACGGAAGGAAGAGGGGCGGUCGGGUGCGGAGCAUGCAGGCCGGCCGGGGCUCUCGCCGCCGAAGCUAGACAGGCUCAGGUCACGGAAGCGACGUCGCGUCGACGUCUCUGUUUCCAUAAAUAGCUCUUGCAUCCUUUUCGGAUUUGGUCGCCCGCUGCGGUGAAGUCGGGAUCUUCGUUUUUGUUCGCUCCGGAGUGCGUUCGUUUGUUUCAUCCUCAUGGGGUUGCCGCUAAGAGAGGCGUUGAGGCAACUGUGCCUUGACUAUGGGUGGUCCUACGCUGUUUCCUGGAAGUUGGAUGUCUUCCAGAAUCGAAUGUAAGCUAGCAUGUCUUGGUUGCUGCCCCUUCUACUAUUUCGCCGGAUAAGUUUUGGCGAAGAUAGGGCUUGUUGAUUGGGUUGUGCACAGCUUGGCUGAUAAAGAAAGGCAUUUGAUCUGGGAAGAUGGAUACUAUAAUCAGAAGCCUAGCGUUUCAAGCAUCAAAAUCUCAAUUUCUCUUCCCAAGCAAGAAGAUUUGGGUAUCAAUAGUUACUUCUCUGAGCUAGGCUGUGAAGCAGAUGAUCCAAUAAAAGUUCUGGUCGACAAGAUUAUGGCAUCCCAUGUCCAUUUUGUCGGAGAUGGGUUAGUUGGACAAGUGGCUUCAUCUGGAAAAUAUGUAUGGAUCAAUAAGCAUAGAUUUGGUUCAAUAUGUAAGGGUCUUGCUGAGUUGAACUGCCAAUUUGCUGCAGACAUACAGACCAUUAUAAUUAUUCCUGUGCUUCCAUAUGGGGUUAUACAAUUUGGUUCUACUCAGAUGGUUACCGAAAACAUGGGAUUCAUUCAUCAUAUAAGAAGUUUGUUCACAAAGAUAAUUUAUAAUUCAAAUGAUCUUCUAUCUGAGGGUACCCAGAAAUCUUUGACAGAAGAAUGUCAAACAUAUACAUCAUGCAGGUCAACUUUUGGUUCUCGAUCUACAAAUGCAUGUCUUAAUGUGGAUGACAGGCCAAAUGUCACUUCUGAUUGGUGCAACCCUGACUCCCUCAAACCCCAAGCCCCAAGAUCCUUCUCUGAAUAUGUUUCCUUAGUUUUGUCGCAGUUCAAUAAGAAAGUACAACCUUGUGCUUCUCAACUAGUGCCAAUGAAAAAGGCUGUAAAGAUGGCAUAUCCUAUAGGCAAGCUUAUCUUGCAAAGUGAAGAUGGCAUAUUUCAUAUGCCAGACAUACAGUGUAUCCAACAGGUACUACUAGAUGAUACAAACUCCAGAUGUCAAAAUGAGCAUUCUAUUUCCAACUCAGUUUUACUGUCUAAUACAAUAAAAAUCUUGGAAGAAGAACUCAUGUUUACCUCAGGUGUCAGACCUUUAGAAGCUGCCAACAAUGUUUCUGACAUUGGCAAUAUUAAUUCAAGUUCAAAUUCACCUCGAGUUACUAAAUAUUUAAGUUCAUCUACUAAGCUAUCUUUAAGUGGAGCACCUCCAAAUUUAGACCAAAGAAGCCAUGUGCUUAGACUUCGAAGUACAUGGACAUCAGAGGUUACCAUGGAGCAUCCUUUCUCAUGCAAUGAAUUUGCAUAUACUCAAUCAAAUGCAGAGGUAAAAGAAAAUGAUGAUUCAGUUCAAGCUUCACAUCUUUAUUCUGGUGAAUCCAGUGGUCAAGUUUCUUACUUUGAUAUGCUCCCUAGUGUUCUUCAAGAAUGUACAAUACACGACCUGAAACCUGUUCAGAGUGAUCAAAUAGGUAAAAAUGUUGACUAUGAGGAAAAUGGCACUUGUACUCGCAUACUGUGUGCACAAAAUUUGAAAGAAUACAAGCUUCUUCCCACAUCGAGUCAAACUUCAUCAUCUUUGUUUGCUUCAAAUGAUGAUACGUUUCAUAUGUCAGAUGUUAACCAGAAGACAUAUUGGAUAAAUGACAAUUUGACCGAUGUGGUGCAUAAGAAUUUUACAAAUGCUUGUAACUUUAUUGAUUUACCUAGUCUCCCAGCAGAAACAGAUGCUCCUCCCAUCCUUGAUUCUUUGAAUGAACAAAUCUCUUAUGCUGGGUUGUUUUCCAUAGAUAACAGUAAUCAAUUAUUGGAUGCAGUGAUUUCAAAGAUCAAUCCAGGUGUCAAACAGAGAUCAGAAAGUAAUGCUUCGUGUAAGAGUACAGUCACUGAUACUUAUAGUGCAAAUUGUGCUAGAACUCCCAAUCAUGGUGAAGUACAUUUGGCAAAGCACAUGAAAGAUGAGUUUGUUGGUUUUGCACCAUUAGUGGUAAAAACAGAGCCUUCACACAUAAGUUAUGGCAGAUCUUCGUGCAGCAGUGAGAAAAAUGGAGAGAACUAUCAUGAGUCUGGGUUUCAUAAGUCUCAAAUCAGCCCAUGGGUUGGAAGCUGUCACAGUGCUAAGAAUGAUUAUGCAUCAGAUUCAACUAGUAAAAGGGUUUCAGAAAUAGGUAAUCUGAACCGAAAGAGGUCUAGACCUGGAGAGUGCCCUAGACCAAGGCCAAAAGAUCGGCAAAUGAUCCAAGACCAUAUCAAGGAGCUUCGAGAAAUAAUCCCGAAUGGUGCAAAGUGUAGCAUUGAUGCAUUAUUGGAAAAGACUAUCAAACACAUGCUUUUCUUGCAAAGUGUGACAAAGCAUGCUGAAAAACUGAAAGUUGCUGGAGAACCCAAGAUCAGCACUCAUCAAGGUGGUUUGCUCUUGAAAGACAACUUUAAUGGUGGUGCAACAUGGGCAUUGGACGUGGGAACCCAACCAAUCACCUGUCCCAUUGUGGUGGAGGAUCUGAACCCACCUCGUCAAUUGCUGGUAGAGAUGCUAUGUGAGCAGGGAUGUUCCUUUCUGGAGAUCGCUGACUUCAUCAGAGGAUUGGGUUUGACCAUACUGAAAGGGGUGAUGGAAACCCACAAAAACCAUGCCUGGGCACGGUUUGCUGUCAAGGCGAACAGAGACGUGACUCGGAUGGAGAUAUUCCUUGCACUAAUGCAACAGUCAGAACCCUCAGCUGGAAGCAGCAUGGGACUACCAAAUGCUGGUAAUAUCAACAUGCCUCACCCUAUUCUCCAGCCAACCUCUGUUCCUGAAAGAGUCAUUUGAUUAGUAUUCCGGCUCCAAUUGAAAGUUGUUUAUGCUCAUGCUUGUUCUGAAUGCCGGCGGCAAGCUUGUCUUGCAGCCACUUCUGUUUUUUUUGACUUGUUCUUGUUUCCCUCUCUUAGCACUUGUUCUUAUUUCCAAACAUGUAGAUAAUUGUGCAGGACUGAAUUCAGGUUGUUGUUUGUUUC